UGUGUGUGUGUGUUUGUGUCGGGAGGGCGUUGCGAGGGAAGGCCGCCGAGAGCGCCGGGGCUGCGGCGGGGCAGGGAGUCCGCUGACAGACAUGGGGGUGCUUUCCUCCACGUCCCCUAGGAAACCUCAAGCUCCCCCCGAGGCACUUUAGACACUUCCUGGGGCCCAACGGAAGGCCGUGCCCAAGCCCCGUGUCCCCAUUCUGUCCCGGGAGUGAAAGCGAGCCGCCGGGCGCCGGCCCAGCCCAGCGAGAGCGGGGAAUGCCCCGGUCCGCCCGCCCGCAGGCCGCUUUCCGCGUCUGCGUCCGCUCUGGCCUGGGUCCCCGAGAGCGAGCCGCCGGGCGGGCUCGGCUGGGGGAAGGCAGCCGUAGCCUGGGCCUCGGGUGAGGAGGGCACAGUAACCGGUGGGAAGGCUGCGUUUUCACGAAGGACUCGGGUGAAGCUGCAGAGCUGCCUUUCAGCCCUGACUCCUUGGCUUCCUGGGUCGGAGGAGAUCUUGUAAUGGAGUGGUUCUUCGUCUCACACUAACAGGAUGCCUGAUUUCCUCAGGAUCGAGGGAUUAAAGAAUGUCCCGGGUUCCGUUGGGGAAAGUCCUCUUGAGGAAUGUCAUCCGGCACACAGACGCUCACAAUAAGAUUCAGGAGGAGUCUGACAUGUGGAAAAUCAGAGAACUAGAGAAGCAGAUGGAAGAUGCUUACCAGGGGACCAGAAGGAACACAGUGCCCAGCAGCUCAAGUCUGUUAAGGAUAGAUGCNUUUGAUGAAGAAAGUCAGAGAGAUUACUGGAGGUCAAAGAAUGAAAUUUCUGGGGCCCUGGAAGAUGAUUUUCUUAAGGCUAAGUCCUGGAACAAGAAGUUAUAUGAUUAUGAAUCCAAUAUACCAGACAGAUGGGGUCACAGUGGUUAUAAAGAGUUGUAUCCUGAAGAGUUUGAAACAGACAGUAGUGAUCAGCAAGACAUUACCAAUGGAAAAAAAACAUCUCCCCAGGUAAAAUCAUCUGCCCAUGAAACUCGAAAACAUAAGAAGUCAAAGAAAUCCCAUAAGAAGAAGCAGAAAAAACGGUCACACAAAAAACAGAAGAAAAACAAAAAGGAAGCUACGGACAUAACAGCAGAUUCCUCAAGUGAGUUCUCAGAGGAAACUCGAGCUUCUAGUACUAGGAAAAGGAAGCAACCACACAAGAGCAGGAAAAAGUCCAGGAAAAAGUCUCCUAAAAGAACUUUCCCUUUAGGGGGGGAAAGUGGUACUUCUCAGUCAGAUGAUUCUGCAUCUAGCAGUUCUGAGGACAUCGAGGAAAGAGACACUAAGAAAACCAAACGGAAAAGGAAAGAGAAGAGUGUCCAUGUCCCCAUGCCUGACCCUGAGGUACAGGAGAGGACAAGCAAGCGCAGGAACUGGAAGGUGGCUACCGACGCCAGGUCUGCUGAGAGCUCAGAGGAUGACUAAGUGGGAGAGUGGCAGUCCUGCUUCCCACUGACUCUUUAAGGGGGGUUGCCAGUGACUCCUGCAGCACAGGCAGGCGACUCAGGUCAGAGUUGUCCUGCCAGAUACCUUUUUCCCUAUUUUGGCUUGUUAAUCUCCAUCCUCUUUUGUUAAUAGGGAAUCUGGUAUUUUGUUAAGGUUUCUUGAAAAAAUUAUUUUUUUCAAUUAAUCACUUAGGGUAGAAUACCUAUACAGCAAAUUAAAGAACCCAGAAAGCUGAACUCAGUAAUGACCUGGGCACACCAAUUGGAAUGUUGGGUUUGGUGGAAUCAAGAGUCCAGGAUGAAGGAGGAAGACUGAAGUAGUGCUAAAUAGAAUGGUCUGACAAGGAGACCUUGCUAUUUAUACAGGAGGCAUACUGCCUUCAGCUUUGGUGCUUUGAUUUUUCUGCAGUUGGGCCCUAUAGGCAUCUAGUUUACUUAGUGAGGAAAUAGUUAAAGGAACAAACCUUUUCCCUUAUGGUAAUCUCUACAGAUGACUGCUAAGGAACCUAGGGUUUUCAGCCUAAUUUCCCUGCUGGCCAGGGUCUACAGCUACAUUUAGCAUAACCCAAACAUAACAGUAACUGGAUAGUAAAUGUUUUUCUAGUUCCAUUGCUGAAUACUGCCUAAAUGGGCUUGUAUUUAAAAUUGUUUGGUUGUCCUAUCUAUCAAAUGGAAAGAAUUAGGAAGUAGUUAUGUUGCCAAUGAUGCUUUCAAAGAGAUUCAGGGCAUCAGCCAUCUAAAUGUCUGGUUUUUUAAAAAAUUUUUUAUUGUUAUUAUUAUUUUUCUUUUUGCUGAGUUGGGGAUUGAACUGAAGGCCUUGCAUAUACUAGGCAAGUGCUCUACCAUUGAGCCAUACCCCCAGUCCUGUUGUUUUCCUUGUUCAUUUCUAAUUCUAUUAAUGGAUUUUAGAUUUUCCCUGAAACCAGUUGAAUCAAUUCCAAAAUGAAACACACUUCUCAGGGACAUACCCACUUCCCAGUCUGACUUUGUGUUUUGAUUAUCAAGAACAUAUUAUUUCCCUCUGCUAUAUACUGUGAUCCUGAUAUUAAAAGAAACCAAAUUACCACUGGAAAGUGGCUGGUAGAACAGUUGGCUUUUCAUUAAGAGAAAAGAUAAAGUGACAUUAUCAGGGUUUUUGAGGUUGUCACUUUGGUACUGAGUGAAUGAAUGCACGAAAACUCAAGACUGCGGGUCAUGGUUCUGCCACUAAUUGAUUGAGUUC